AUGCCCACCGUUGCAGUUGACAAGGCUGAACUCUGGGAACGCUUAGGACAAGAAUUUACUACCGAGGAAUUUGACACGCUUUGUUUUGAAUAUGGUGUCGAGCUAGAUGAAGAUACCACCGCAGAAGUGGAAGAGGCUAUCAAGAAAGGUCUGCCUGCUGAGCGUCCGCAACUCAAAAUAGAGACACCCGCUAAUAGAUAUGACUUGCUAUGUAUCGAGGGUAUCGCUCGGGCACUCAAGGUCUUCCUCGGUAAAGAAAAGGCACCUAGAUACAUGCUUGUGUAUCCUCCAAAAGGUGAAUCAGAUUUGUUAACAGUGACGAUUCAUCCGGAGACCAAACAAGUUAGACCACUGUUCGCUUGCGCGAUCCUUCGCAACAUCAAAUUCACCCCAAGAUCGUAUGCAUCCUUCAUCGAUCUACAGGACAAACUCCACCAGAAUAUUUGCCGAAGGCGUCAAUUAGUCGCGAUUGGAACUCACGAUCUGGAUACUCUGAAAGGUCCCUUCAGAUACGAAGCAAGGGCCCCAAAGAACAUCAAAUUUGCGCCUUUAAACAAGGAGCAGGAGUACACUGCUGAAGAGCUGAUGAACUUAUACGAGUCCGACAAGCAGCUUUCGCGUUAUCUUCACAUCAUCCGAGAUUCACCAGUGUACCCGAUUAUCUAUGAUGCCGAAGAUCGUGUUUUGUCUAUGCCUCCCAUAAUAAAUUCCAACCACAGCAAAAUCACACUCAACACAACAAAUGUCUUCAUAGAUGUGACAGCCACAGAUCAAACAAAGCUAGAUAUCGUCGUAAACAUGGUGGCAACAAUGUUCUCCGAAUACUGCGCAGAACCGUUCACAAUCGAGCCUGUAAAAAUGGUUCUACCUGACGGUACUACGAAGAUAUCACCCGAUCUCUCCGAGCGAACAAUGCUGGCACACGCUUCCUAUAUCAACUCCUGUACGGGCCUUUCACUGAAAUCUGACCAGGUGGCAAAUCUCCUGAGCAAAAUGUCUUUGUUCCCUAACGUGUCGACAACUAACGCGGACGAAAUUGAGGUCAGUAUGCCUCCAACUCGACCCGACAUCUUCCACGAGUGCGAUAUAAUGGAGGAUGCUGCUAUUGCCUAUGGAUUCAAUAAUUUGCCGCACACGUUCCCACCCACAACGACUGUUGGACAACCUUCAGCAAUAAACAAGUUGAGCGAUAUAGUGCGAUUAGAGUGGGCUUUAGCUGGCUGGGUGGAGGUCCUUCCAUUGACUUUGUGCUCUCACGAAGAGAAUUUCGCCUUCCUCAACCACGAGGACGAUAACAACACGGCAGUCAAGAUUGCUAAUCCGAAGACUUUGGAAUUCCAAGUCGUACGUACGACCUUGAUCCCUGGACUGCUGAAAACAAUCCGGGAGAAUCGUUCUCAUUCUUUGCCCUUGAAAAUCUUUGAGACUGGCGAUGUUGUUUUCAAAGAUAUAAAGCGAGAAAGGCAAUCGAGGAACGAGCGACAUGCUGCCGCCGUCUGGUGCAACAAAACUGCUGGUUUUGAGAUUGUGCAUGGUGUCUUUGACCGAGCAAUGAAGAUGCUGGAGAUCCCGCGCAUCAGCAGCUCUGACUCAAAUGCAGAAACUGGUUAUUAUAUGAAGGAAACCUCCGAUCCUAUGUUCUUUCCUGGUCGAGCGGCUACGAUUUAUUAUCGUUCGCCACCUCUUAGAAGGAAAGGCACAUUAGAAAAGCUCAAACAGGAUGCCAAGACGAUUAUCCAUGUCCACGAUGACCUUGUUCUUGGCACCCUAGGCAUUCUGCAUCCUAGUGUGCUUGAAAAGUUUGAUAUCCAGUAUCCUUGCUCUGCGGUGGAAUUCACAUUAGAUCCUUUCAAGAAAGAGAUCCAGAAGAUUUGGACAAAUGACGAAUAA